ACCUACAAUGAGCGAUUUGAAGUCGAAGUUUUUGGAAGUUUACUCCACCCUCAAAUCGGAACUGCUCAACGAUUCCACUUUCGAGCUCACCCAUGUUUCCCGUCAAUGGAUUAAUCAGAUGCUGGAUUAUAAUGUGCCUGGAGGAAAGCUGACCAGAGGUCUUUCUGUAGUUGACAGUUUCAAAUUACUGAAAGAAGGAGAAGAAUUGACAGAUGAUGAUGUUUUUCUUGCUUGUGCACUUGGAUGGUGUAUUGAAUGGUUUCAAGCUUAUUUCCUUGUUCUUGAUGAUAUUAUGGAUAAUUCUCAAACUCGAAGAGGACAACAAUGUUGGUUUAGAUUGCCCAAGGUGGGUAUGAUUGCAGUGAAUGAUGGAAUACUCCUUCGCAAUCAUAUUCCACGCAUUCUAAAGAAACAUUUCAGAGGAAAACCUUAUUACGCGGAUUUGCUGGAUUUAUUCAACGAGGUUGAGUUCCAAACAGCAAGUGGACAGAUGAUUGACUUGAUCACCACUCUUGAGGGGGAAAAAGACUUGGACAAGUACUCAAUAGCACUUCAUCAUCAGAUUGCUCAGUACAAAACUGCUUACUAUUCAUUUUAUCUUCCAGUUGCUUGUGCUUUACUGAUGAUAAAUGAGAACCUCGAGAACUAUACAGAUGUGAAAAAUAUACUUAUUCAAAUGGGUAACUACUAUCAAGUACAGGAUGAUUAUCUUGAUUGUUUUGGCUCGCCCGAGGUUGUUGGCAAGAUUGGAACUGAUAUUGAAGAUUAUAAGUGUUCUUGGCUGCUUGUGAAAGCGGUUGAACUUGCGAAUGAGGAGCAAAAGAAUAUAUUAACUGACAACUAUGGUAAAGAGGACCCUAUAUGUGUUGGUAGGGUGAAGGACCUUUAUAAAACUCUUAAACUUCAGGGAGUGUUUGAGGAUUACGAAAACAAGAGUUACGAAAUGCUUAUAAACUCGAUCAAUGCUCAUCCUAGUAAAGCAAUGCAAGCAGUGCUAUUGUUGUUUUUGGGGAAAAUAUACAAGAGGCAAAAGUAGAAGAGAAAAGAAUUCAUGAAUCUCUUUUUUUUCUUCUUCUGUUUCUCGGAAUCAAAAUGUUUGUAUGAUCAUAUUUCUUCUUUCAAUUGAUCUAUGUUGUUGUUUAGCUGCUGCUUUCA